GUGUUCCAAGGUGAAGAAAAGCCAACAAAAGUCAUCCGUUCUCAAAGUGGUACGAAAAAGAUGGUCGCGACAUUUGUGUCAAAAGCGGAUCAUAUUGCAACAAUUCCUCUUAAUGAGCAAAGAACUGUUACUGUGGAUUGGUAUACCACCAUUUGUUUGCCAAAAGUUGUCACCGAGCUUCGAAAAAUCAACCCCGAAAGAAGAAUCAUCCUCCACCAAGACAGUGCAAGCUCGCACACAGCCUAAAAAACAAGGCAGUAUGUAACGAAAGAAAACGUGGAAUUACUCGUAUUGGACCAUCCUCCAUAUAGUCCCGAUCUAAGUCCUAACGAUUUCUUUACUUUCCCGAAAAUUAAAAACAGACUGCGUGGAGAAUACUUCGAAAAACAAUAAAG